AUGAAGAACGGGUGUGAUGAUUUGGAUGCUAUAAUAUUGGGGCGUAGUGAGCGAGCUAAAAAGGUUUACAGGUAUGUAAACGAAGUAGCGCGACGUCUUGGUGAAGCAACGGCAAACUGCAAAUCUAUAACAGAACUCUUUACCACUAAGAUUGAAUUGGAACGUCAAAAACUAAGAGACAACUGUGAGAAAUUAUUUUUCCUUGAUCCCAUUAACUAUGGUAAAAAGUGCCUUGAACUUCUGUGGCGGAAGGUCUAUUAUGACACCGUAAGUGUUGCCAAGAAACUUCGAGAGAAUGAUAAUGGGUGUGACAAUUACUUAUUCAUGCACCUCGUGGGUGGAAUUGGCCACUUCAACCAUCUGAUGACCAGAGUACAUUCAGAAAUGAAUGUUCAAGUUAAAGAACUAGAUUAUUUGCCGCUGUAUGAUGAGGAUGACUCCGAGCCUGCCAGCGCUACUAAUGAUUCAACAGAAGAGCAGGGUUAUCUCGGCAGAUUUGUGUUGUAUUCAUGCCUGAUUUAUCUUGGCGAUCUCAGUCGAUACCAAGUUGAGAUAUUCAAUACAUUUGAUAGUACAUUAGCUGCGAGAUACUAUCUUCAAGCGGCACAACUUGAUUUCACUGUGGGCAUGCCUUUUAACCAACUUGGCAAUCUUUACUUGGACAAAAAUUAUAAUCUUGACUCAGUUUCAUACUACAUACACUGUCUGAACACUUUGACACCAUUUGAGGGUGCAAUGGGUAAUUUGACAAAGAUUUUUGACAAGAACAAUCAAUUCUGUGAGACUUUGGUCAAUACUAAAGUAUUGACCCAGCCGGAACACAUGCAAGUGACAAUAGCGAACUUUUUAUCUUUGAUUGAAAUUUGGUAUCUCGGUAAAGAAAAUGUAGAUAUAUCUCAAAUAUGUAACACUAUAGCACUUCAACUAAAGAUGGCUAUGGACUUUACGAAAAUGCCUCUGCCAGAUCCAAACAAGAAUUAUAAUGAGUAUGUGCAAGCUGUGGAAGAAGAAAAUAUCAAUCCAUCUCAUUUGAAUUCUAGUGUAAUUCACAAUAUUGUCCAAAUUUGUUUGUUUACAAUAGCAAAACUAAAUGAUACAGAUGAAGUCAAAGCAUUUCCAUGUAAAGCAUUUACAUUGGCAUUUUUAUCUCAAGUACUACAGAAACUACUGAAGCAAAUAGAAUCAUUUGGUUUAAAAAAUCCAGCUCAUAAGUAUGUGUCGAAGUUCGCGUCGAAAUAUAACAAAGAGAAGGAAGUGGAAGUUACGACUUUAGAAACGGAAAAUGUAGUUAAUGGCGAGAAGAAUGAAGAAAACACAGAAAAUUUGACAGCAAUUGAGGAAAAUUCUCCGAAAGAAACUCGUCCAGAAACCGAAGUGCCUUUGGUGAACAACGGUGAUACUAAAAACAGUAAGAAGACCUUAGCCAAACGACGUCGCCGACGGCGCGUUGCAUCAUCCGAGAGUUCAGAUAUUAGUGACGCGGAAACUGAGAGCAGUCUGAUCGGUUCAGACAAAUCUGACUCGGAAGACGAUCUAUCAGAUUCUACUUUCCAAUCAGACGAUGAGUCCAAAAGCGAAGGAUCAGCUUACGAUGGUUCCGAUGGCGAAAUUAAUGAGGUUAACCCUAACGCUAGCGAUGAAAACAUACUGACUAAUGGUGAUACAAAUAAGAUUGACAACAAAAUCGCCGAAGAGGCAAAUAAUAACAAAAAUAAUAAGGAACCUGCAAAAACAGAGAACCCAAAAAAUGAUUUCAUUAACAUCCAGGCCAUUGAACGAUUUCUACUUGGUGAUAAUUUUCUACCAAGCAUAAAACUGUUGUUAGAUUGGAUUCUAACCGAAAAGGAGCUUAUAUUAUCUUGUGGUGAUAGCGGCGAAUCGCUCUUCCAAUGCGUCGUAGACCUUCUCAACAUAUUUACUUACUACUUCAAUUCAAAGAACUGCGAAGUUCCAGCAAAUUGUAAGAUCCUUGAGUACUCCAAGAAUAUAGCUAAGAAAUUAAAACUUGAAUUCAAGACAAUUCCACUACCGGAGGACAUAAAACUUCGAGGAACUAAUAUCUGCAAGUUUGACAAAGAUGCAGCCGAAUGGCAGAUAUUAGAUAAAAUGAAACCAACUCUUUUAGAAGAAAAUGUUAUAAGAAUAUUAACAUUCAUAGAUUUCGGAUAUCAGAUAGCUAAAAUUGUUCCCAGAAUAAGAUUCAAUAGAACACUGAAAAUAUUCUAUUUCAAGAAAGUUCUGCCUCCGAAGGUGUCCACGAAAGUUAAUCAUAAGAAGAGUAGAGAAUGGCACAAUUCAAAAAAACAGUCUGAUAGCGACAUUCUUCGUCGUCUGGGUCGUCUAUGGCUGGCCUCACAGGUCCGCGAACUAGAACGUACGGGCCAGGACGUGCCCUCACUGCUAGCUGUGGACUCGGCAACACUACACAAACACUUGCGUAGAGUGAAGCAGCUAGUGCGUACUAGGAACUUUAUAUUCCUAGUACCAACUGUGGUUUUGCAAGAGCUCGAUGAUCUAAAACGUGAGCGCAGUUCAGCUCGAGACGCGAUUCGUUGGCUGGAAAUACAACUCAAGAGCGGAUCAAGAUUCCUCAGGACACAAAGACCGGGACAGUCGAAACCAAUUCCACUACUAAAGUACCCUCCAAAAGCGCCGCCACAUGUACACAAUUUCAUACAAAUAUUGGAAUUUUGUAAUCACUUCAUAUCAGAUGAGAAGCAAGCUCUAGGUGGAAAUGGUGAUCCAGAUAAUUCUAUACACGGAAAAAGCGCGCCGAUACUAAUAUUAUUGGUCGGCAACGAACCAGGCAGUGAGGAGCAAUACAAAGAUUUCAGUCCAACAGGCACGGCUCAAGCGGCGGGAAUAUCUGUCAAGUUUAUAGGUGACUUUUACGCAAAAUGGCGGCAAACCUUCCAUAAGAACGGGAAGAAAAGAUGA